AUGGCGUACAAAAAUGCCCACGAGCGUAUCGUCAACACCCAGGGCAUGGCCGUCGCUGGCGCUGCGAGUGAGGGCGAAAAGGGCACCUUUGGCGUCGUCGUCGGUCAGCGAUCCGGCCCGACCAACAUCACAGCUCCAACUGCCGUACAUGUGCAUCUCGUUUCAAUCGAAGGGGUCGAACAAAUGGAAACUUGGCCCAUCACUGGCAAAGCUCAGUAUGUAGCCCUGUCAUCGCUUCACAGUUGGACGUACAUGUGUCUGCCGCCCAGCAGCCGCACCAUCUACGAUGACUUUGUAGAUCUCGGCCAGUCUGUUAGCCUGCUCAAGCCUAGACUGUCUAACGAGGUCAAGGAAAGACUGAAGAACACCAAGCCAGCCGGGCCACGCAUGCUAAAUAGACUGGAAGAGGGCUUCAGCCUCUCGCGCUACCGCACACAGACGGGAGAGAUGACGGGUUGUCUGGUCCACGGACCGCUCGUACCCUGUGAUGUGAAGCUUCCAGAUUGGUGGAAAGCCAUCUCUAUGACUGGCCAAGACCUGCAGUUCUUGGACGGGGAGCUCGGCCUCAUGGAUAUCAGCUACUCGGCCGCGUGGCAGCUGGGUAGGUCCAUGGCCAUGGCGGAUGCGGCUUUCACGACAUCCUUGUUCCGUAUUCGCCAAGAUACCCUCGGGUCCGGACAUGCAAAGGCUGCCGAGACCUUUAUGAAGUCUGCCGCAGGCUACAAGUCUAGAACUGACAUGGUCAAGUCGCUAGAAGACGUGGUCGACCGACUUGGAAGCCUCGAUGAGCCUAACCGUGUCAACGCAACAGCCAUGUCCAAGAGAUGGUGCCGCUCGACCGGUCCGGCUACGGAUUUUGAUCUCUCCUACCACGGAGAAAUAGUAGAUUCGCUCAUCGAUGGUGCUCUCCAAGAGCGAGCCACUUGGGUAACGGGCGCGUACGAAGCGGGUAGUUUAACCUGGGCUUCCGACCCGCCGAAGCCGUACAACGAAUACAACACGCCCAAUUCACCGGAUUGGGUCGUCGUUCAGCGCUGGGUGCUCGACAGAAUGCUGUUGGAUGGAAUACCAUCGCAUUACCUCAUAACAGACGCAAGUCAUCUGCCGCUCGAAAGCAUCCGCUUCUUUCAGAUCGACGACGCCUGGUCUGACAGCUUUUUAGACGGCGCACUCAGUCUAGGAAAUCUCGUUGACCAGCACGAAGACAAGAUCCGGAACUUUAUCAAAGAACGCAUCAAUGACUAUCUCAAGGCGUCCCUUCCAGGCAUUGACGCCCACCCGCCUAUGCCGCGGUAUGGAUGCUAUGUCCGUUCAGGCCUCGUCAAGAAGUUCCCAGACCUGAUCGUUACUGUGGAGCCGGCGGAUGAUGCUACCCCUGCCAUCCUUGUUCGCCACAGCGUCCUCGAUAAUGGGAUCAUGCUGUGUCUUUUCUCCGCCGCGCCGAACAAGUCCACAUUUACCGGACUGAGAUUCACCAAGCCACCACACCAGCAGACUUUCAUCGCCGGCCGUGACCUCACGGAUACAAAUCUGACCAUGGAGUACCGGCGGGCAUACACAGAAAAAGACAGGGUGCGUGAUGACAAGGACCACCGUACACUGGUCAGCGAGCCUCGGUGGGAUCGUACAAGUCCCGACGAGAAACGCGGCACGGGUUUCCUCUGGGAGGUUUCGAAUUCGUUCGACGCAAGUGAUGCCAGCCCCAUUGCUCUGCGGGUCGUCCAUGUAGAGAACCUCGCCGUGGACUACCUACGGCAGCUGAAAGACAAGAUGCCUGCGGGAUACUUCAAAGAUGAAUUCGCCAGCUCAGCGCUGUUGGGUUAUCAGUUAAGUGAGCCUUCGUACGCUUUACACAUCGAGUUCAAGGAAGAUGCACCGAAUCUGCUAAACGCCGGCCCUGAAGAUGAGCCUCACCUGCCCUGCUGCCGACUCGCACGCGGCCACGACCGCCUGUCCCGACGAUUCCAUCCCCAAUGA